GGGGACGGUGCCGGCGGCCUGGGAAGGGGCAGCGGUGGGGAGUCGAGCCCUGGUCCCGGGCAUGGCGGAGACCCUGAGCCCCUGCUCCCCACGGGGCCAGUGCCAGCCCAGCAUGGGCACCAAUACCUCGUCUGCCAACGUGGACGCCAACGCCUCCUCCUCGGCGGUGGGCGGCAGCGCGUGGAGGGGCCGGGAGCCCUUCUCCAUCUUCACCGUCCUCAUCCUGACCCUGCUGGUGCUCCUGACCGUGGCCACCUUCCUCUGGAACCUGCUGGUGCUGGCCACCAUCCUGCGAGUGAAGGCCUUCCACCGGGUGCCCCACAACCUGGUGGCCUCCACGGCGGUGUCGGACGUGCUGGUGGCGGCCCUGGUGAUGCCGCUGAGCCUGGUGAAGGAGCUGUCGGCCGGGCGGCGGUGGCGGCUGGGCCGGGAGCUGUGCCUCGUGUGGGUGUGCUUCGACAUGCUGUGCUGCACGGCCAGCAUCUGGAACGUGACGGCCAUCGCCCUGGACCGCUACUGGUCCAUCACCCGGCAGCUGCAGUACACGCUGCUCGCCCGCCGCCGCAUCUCCAACGUGAUGAUCGCUCUCACAUGGCUGCUGUCCGCCGCCAUCUCCCUCGCCCCGCUCCUGGGCUGGGGAGAGACCUACAGCCCCGAGCAGGAGCGCUGCCAGCUCAGCCAGGAGCCGUCCUACACCAUCGUCUCCACGGGCGGGGCCUUCUACCUGCCCCUCUGCGUGGUGCUCUUCGUCUACUGGAAGAUCUACAAGGCGUCCAAGUUCCACAUGGGGGCCCGCAGGAGGAACGCCGUGGUGCCCCUGCCCGAGGCUGCCCAGGUGAAAGAAGCUUCACAGGAACCACAGAUGGUGUUUACAGCUCGUCGUGCAGCUAUCACUUUCCAGACAGAUGGAGAAACAUGGAGAGAACAGAAAGAGAAAAAGGCAGCUCUGAUGGUUGGCAUCUUAAUUGGAGUUUUUGUACUGUGCUGGAUCCCUUUCUUCAUCACAGAAUUAAUAAGUCCCCUCUGUUCCUGCAACAUCCCACCCAUCUGGAAAAGCAUCUUUCUUUGGCUUGGCUACUCAAAUUCUUUCUUUAAUCCUCUCAUUUAUACAGCAUUUAACAAAAAUUACAACAAUGCCUUCAAGAACCUUUUUGUAAAGCAAAGAUAAAAGGGGAUACAGAGGAGAAAACGAUUAUUGCAUAAAGGAAACAUGCCUGUGCUGUGUACAGUUUUCAUGCACAAGAGCUGCUUGAGGGGAUUUAGGAGCAGUGAAAAAGAAGAUGGAAGACGUCUGGAUAUAAACCUACUGAGAGUUUACAGUUCCCCCUUAGAAAUACAGAUGUGCUACGCCAGUGUUUGGCAAAGAAGGUGGAAGCAGGGAAUGCCUCCCGUCUGCUCUUCAAUCAUCGCAGGCUGAGGUCUGCCAGCGAAGCGCUGUGUCCGGUGCCGCGGCUGUCACACCCCACGCGGCUGAUCCCGCCCAGCCAGCCCCGGGCCGUGCUGGAGCUCUCCUCAUUAGCAAAGGCACCGGUGGGAGCUGCUAACUGAGCGAUCCUGACAUGUUUGUGAUACGGGCAGAAUGCUGGCUUCGGGUUUGAGAUUUAUUUGGAAGGGAAUAAACGUGAUGCAGUCAAUCA